CAAAAUUACAUCUCAUUAUUUUUCAUCCAGUUUGUUUUCUGUUUGCUUUAUUACUCUUUUUUUUUUCUUUAAAUAAACUCCCAUUGAGCAAUUUAAACGUCAACCGGAAAUAAUUAAAAAUCAAUUUCCUUUCCAUUGGCAUCACCGCCAUUGACUAACAACUGUCAACAUUACAGAUAACUGCAUUUGCAAAAUUGCAACCAAACGCCAUCGCCACUGAUGACUGGUGCUGCCGUCCGCGUCCGUUGUCGUAGCCGGUGAUCUUAAUUACGAUCGAUUGAUCUUUCAAUCAGAUAGACACUUGUUUUGUUGUCUAUCUCUUUUUCACUUCACGUUCGCCACUAACAAAAGAAAAACAAUAUUGCAGAAUCGCAGAAUAGACGACAAAACAGAAUUUACAGAAAAGAAACAGACAACAAAACAAGACUAACAAAUAAACAUUCACUACACACUGUCCCGCCUACUCCUGUUUUUUUUUGUCUCUUUCUGUUUUGCCCCCUGCCCAGGUGAAUUUACAAACGGAUUCAUGAAUGGAUGAGUUCCACCGAUCACCGCAGAGCAGACAAAACACGCAAAUCACGCCAUCUGUAGUGCGAGCGGCAGCGGACGGAAUAUCGAUGCAGUUCAGUGCUUUAAUAUACGAGUAACCUGUGUACGCGGGAAAACCGGGAACGCGAUUACAAAUCCAUUUUUGUUGUUGUUGUUGCAGUUUUCGUUUAGAUUUUGUUCAUCGUGUUGCGUUGUGUAGGAGGAGGAGGUGGUGACUAUUAUUUGUUGUUGCUGUUUUUCGCGUAUUCUUUGAAACUUUUUUGCGCUAAAUGAGAGUUUUGCACAAGAACGUUUCACUAUUUCAUUGUGAGACGCGUUCUUUAACGGAAGAUACACAACUAUACGCGCUUCACAUUCAAUUCAAAUCCUCGAUGUUCAACGCGUCGCGUGUGUCUUUUUGUGUUGUGUUGUCAUUUGUGUUUUGAUUUGCAGACUGAUGCAACAACAACUAGAACUGUCAAACGAAGUGCGGUUUUGAUUGAACUGAUUGAAUUGCAGAUUACCCUAGAGGCGAAUAAAUGAUGAGUUUUUCUUGACGCACAUGAGUGACAGAUGUACACGCAAUUUAAAAAACAAGUGGGAUUUGUGUGUGCUUUUUAGAUGUCUCCUGGUUUUUAUGUUAAAUAUUUUUAUUUUCGUUAUAUUUUUUUUUGUGUGUCAUUGUGAAUUAUGUUUUGAUGAAAAUGCCUGCGAGGAAAUGUUAAUUCAUAUAUUUUAAUACGUUACAGUUGUGAAUUUAAAUAAAAAAUAAUAAUUAAAUGAUUUAUUUAUAUGAAAACAGUGUUUACUUACUUUGUGAAGAAGAGUUUUAGUUUUUAUACUUUAAAUGGAUUACUACCAGAUGACAAUAAUCAUGUGGGCAAUAGCAUGCAGGACAUAUCGCGUGACGAAAUCAAUCUCCUAACUGGAGCCGGGUCUACAUGCGACAAAGAUAUGUGCUCAUCUGUGAUACGAUCAACAUCGGUCAUAUCACCAUUGCCAUUAAAAACAUCACCCAAUAUCCAAGCAGUACCUGAAGUUGCCUUGGUCCAUCCCAUAAAAAUAGAAGAGGAUAGCAGUGAUUUAUAUCAAACACCUUGGCAUCACAUUAGCAAUCAACCUCUCGAAAUGGGUUCGAGUAAAUUGCUGCUUCAGGGAUCUGAUGAUCCGUUGAUAUCGAGAGGUGCCAAUACCGUUGAUGACGAUCAUACGUCGGAUUUUAAUUCUAUAAUUUCACCAGUUCCAGUAAAGACUAUGAGUUCGUCGAAGAGCCAACUUAAGGCAAAGCUCCAGAGUGCAGCUAAAAGACAAUCAUCGGCUCCGAAGACGCCCAAACAGAAGGGUGCUAUUAAGUUGAGGUUUCACCAUCAAGCUCUGCCGGCGGAAUACUUGAGUCAUUAUGAGGCGACUCAGGGUCAGCAUAUACCAAAAAUGCCGCAGCCUCCUAAGGAACUCCCGCCCAAGAUCAUAGCAACAGAGAAGUCUUCACCGGCGAAGAACUCACAUGAAAACGUUCGCAAUUGGUUGCAAAAGAUCGCUGAAAUGCAACGUCAAACAGCAGCUGCAGCAGCAAAGGAGGCUAAAGAGGAUUCUGGUGGAGAAGAUAAUACACAUUUUGAGCAAACUCUUCUGCCACCGGAGGUAGAUCUAAAUGCCAAUAUUCAAAAACCAACUAAAAGAGUUGUAAACUAUUCGGACUUGCCUUAUAUGGGUGAAAUGACUUUAGACAACUCAAAGCCACGUCGUGGACGUAAGCCCAAGAAAGCCGAUAUUUGCCAUUUAAUCUAUAAAAACUACGGUACCAUUCUUCCAGGAACUCCAAGAGCAGCCAUCGAUGGGAAACUCAUGAACGAAUGCAACACACCAAUCAAACUUGAUGAACCAUUGAAUCUUUGUCUUAGAGACCAUGCAGACUCAUUAUCUGCGUCAAGCAACGAUGAGGAAGAAUCUGAAACAAAAACGAACUCAAAUUGUCCAACGCCUAUUGCAACACCUUUAGACUCAGUUACAGAUUCUCUGCUGGCGGCCAACUUGAAAAUGUCCCUACCAACCGUUCGACCAAAAGAACCCCAAAACAACCCAACAGAUCAGCCUGUCUGGACGAAUCCACCUCAAAAUGCAAAUAUUCUCCUGCACCCUAUGAGUCUGUACUAUCAAAAGCUCAUCGAGUCAGGAAGCUUUGCUGGGGGAAAUCUAGAAACUAUCAAUUGCAACAAUCAACUUGCCUUAAAGAUCCCAAUUCGGAACACAAAUCUCCUGCCUCUGCCAAAGAUCGAAAGACCUUCUUCGACGACGGAAUAUCCUGAACAACUUCCAACACCGAGUUCGGUCAAAUCAGAAAAUUCCACCACCACCUCGGCCAGUCAGGCUACCAACAAUCAUCCCCCUCAGAAACGUAAACGCUCCGCAAUAUUUAUACCCCCGAUUCCAGCGGAGAAUAACUCAAAUCCUGCCACAGAAGUAAGCAUUUGCAAAUUCAAAUUCACCGGUGGGGCCAAUCCUUCGUUGCAGGAGAAAAAAAUGCUUUCAGUAGAUUCCGAUGGAAACUAUCGCUAUUACAGUGGAACCGGAGAUAAGUCAAUGCGAAGCUAUGAAUUCUUCCCCCGAGAAAGUCUCCAACAAUCUGGAGCUGUCCCUGGAAUGAACUGCGCUGGAGUCUUUCUAAAUGCCACCGGCGAAAAGAUUGCCAUUGAUGUGCCUCCACCCUCAGCUGGUCUGAGUAAUGAGCUCCUUCAGAUUCCAGACUCACCCACAAGCAGUAUACUUCUGCCCUCGGUGUCAGUUGCAACAUCAACGCGCUCAUCUCCAUCUCCAUUUCAUUCACCGGGUCAAGUGAAAAACUCAGAAAGCAGCAAUUCUCAUCCUCAUCAUCAAUUGGCCCACAGUACCAGCAAAAAGAAGAAAUCCCGACGAGCUGCCCAACGGGAGAAACUAGAAAAGACAUUCAAAGAGAAAGGCUUCCUGAUACAAACUCAACAACUUGAAUCAGCGGAAGGUGCGACUUAUUGUAAAUUUAGACAACUCAAGAAAUUUACCCGCUACCUGUUUCGCAACUGGAAGGAUUACCUUCCACCCGGGGAGCUACAACACCCAAAUGCAGCAGCAGUAGCUGCGGCUGCCGCUGCAGCAGCAAUAAACAAUCACCACCAACACACACCUCCACCGCCACCACCCGCUUCCUCAGUUAUUGGCAGCAUCUUGGCGGAAAGCUAUACGAACCAUCAGCGGAGUAAGGACACUCAUGAAAUGCAUGGUAUUCAGAAUAUGUAGAAAGCAAUCGGCAAUGCAAAUGAAUACCAAAUCCCAAAAGCUCUCAAUUUAAAGAGAGUUGGAUUAUAUCAUGUUCCUAUAAAAAUAGCAGUGGAGUUAAUCUCACCCAUGAAAUUAUGUCAAGAAGCCAUCAACAGAAACUUCUCAUAAAGAUUCAGAAUUUAAUAAGAAACUAAUUUACAAUUAAGACACAAGACUAACUAUUUAAUUAAUUAUUAAAAGAAAAAUAAGGUAAUGAACAUCGACUGAUUUUCAAAUAACACAAACAAAACACAAUUUAAACUGCCAAAGAUAUUCAUAAGAUUUCUCUUCUACUUACUUAUAUUUUUCUUGUAAAUAAAUUUAUAUAAAUUUAUUGUUAAUUGUUUAUUCUUCCAAAAAAAAUGUACUUACACUUUUAACAACUUAAAUGACAAAACAACUGAAAAAAUUAUUUAUUAAAAAUUAAAACUCAUCUAGUCUAUGGUUAAAAAGACACCAUGAAAAUUUGUUCAACAACAAAAUUAUAUAGUUUUUUUUAUUGUUAAAUUAUAUAUUUUUCAGACACAAACAAUAAUAAAUUAUUAUUCAAAAAAGAUAAAGUUAUAACGUUUAUAAUAAAAUAUAAUGUAAGUCGUCAAUAUACAUAUAUAUUUUGCAUUUUUUUAAAGUCUCGUUUAUGAUCCCAGAUAAACUUUUUUGUUUUUUAUUUUAUAUUAAUAAUUUAUAAUAAAUUUAAAAUACUUAAAUUAUAAGAUAAUUAGGGAAUAAUUAUUAAUGUUUGUUUGACUUUUUUUUUGUUUUUAGAAUUUUCAUUUUAAUGCCGUGCUGCUAUAAUUU